UAAAAAUCAAGUGAUCAUCUAUUUUCAUUUGUCUAGAAGCAAUUGUUCUCGAGUGAUUCAAUGUCUGCCAUUCUCGACGCAUGUGGAAAUGAUACUGGAUCACCCUCAAUAUCAAAAGCUGAGGAUAAUUUAUCCAAUAGCGACGGACCGUUAAUUAAAGGCUGUAUUCGUCAAAAUAGUUGCAGUAGUGUUCAUAUAAGUUGCGAGAACGUUAAUCGAACAAUUGUAUCAUCUCACAUCAUGUCAGCAUCUAACAAAAAAUUAGCUAAAAGACGCUAUUGUCUAUGGACCUUAACUUUUAUUCUAGCAAUAAUUGGAUUAUGCAAUCUCUUCCUCAAUAUUACCGUGAUUGCUGUUUUGCGAAUCAAUCAAGGGAUGGAAGCGAUGGAAAUGAUACCCGAUGAAAAUCUUGUAAAAUUUUAUGGAAAAACUGACUUAGAUAAGAUAUGCUUGCAAUCAGGAGUUUGUCAAAGUUACGGAGAUGAACCAAUGGAAAUCUCUGGUGACGAAGCAGGUGUACAAAUAGAUAUAAAUAAUCAACGAUCAUACGAAGAAACACGCGCUAAAAUGAUGAUUUUAUCAAAUGGUACCACUAUAUCAAAAAUAGAAUCUUUCGAAGUAAAAGAUUUUAAAACUGGGAUUAUUUACUUUACUACUGAUUUUCCAAAUUUCGGUUUGCCUGUUGGGGUGGAAAAAAUUGAUGUGAAAAUUGCAGAAACGCAUAGAAUCACAUCACCAGUUAAUGAAAGUCUCAUUGUAAACUCCGACGAUCAAAUUUCUAUGCAAGGAGCAGAAGGUGCCAGUAUAGAAAGCAAAAAUAUCAUCUGGAGUGCAGAUACAGAUAUUUUUUUAAAAAGUGUUAAUGGAAGCAUUAUCCUUGAUGCUAAAGACGGUGUUUCUAUUGAUACAAAAAAUAUACCAAUAACACCAUUGUUUUUACAAAAUCCAUCUGGUCAUGAACAAUAUAAAGUUUGCAUUUGUAUGCCACAAGGAAAACUCUUCAAAGUACCGAUUCGUGCUGGCGCUAACAGUCGAUCAAUAAACUGUGCUCGCAUCAAUCGAACUCCAGAAAAUGAUCCUUGCUUGCGAUAGAAUCAAACAUG